GGUGAAAGGAAAAGCACGGAAGUAAUUUUAUGAUUUUAGAUGUUACGAAUCUGCCGAUUCCAAAUACUCACUAAUGCGCGGAAUCAGCGGUAGUUUUGGAUGAAACAUGGGUGACGAACUGGGAGAUGAGUGGUGGCAGCACGAAGAAGGAACUUCGGAAUCUUCAGAGUGUAAUAAAGAUCAGAAAACAAACACAGAAGAAAAAGAUAUCAGGAAGAGAAAAGUGCCUGCAUCAAAGUCAGUUAAGACAAAGAAGAAGAAGAAAAAGCAGCUUACAGAGUCUCUUGAUGAAAUAAUUGGAGAUCAUGAUAGUCAAAAGGUUCUGGAAAAACCAAAAAGGAGGAGGAAGAAGAAGAAGAUCACCGACGUUCUGGCAGCUUCAUCUCCCCAACCAGGCUGUCCUGCUGAUUUGCAGAAAGUCAUAGAAGCGCACUACACAGGCAAACGAUCUGUUAUUGAAAUGGAGGAGCUCAGUCUUCCAGAUUCCUGCUUCUUUCCAAGCAAUGAUCUUAGUCACAGUCUUUCAUCAUUUCUGAAAGAAAUUUGUCCCAAGUGGGUAAAGUUCUGCAAAAAACACGCAGAAAACAAGUCUCCAUUGAUGCUGAUUGUCUGCAGCUCUGCUUAUCGUGCCCUAGAGCUCAUCAAACUACUUACUACUUUUAAGGGUGACUGCAAGGUCCUGAAGCUGUUUGCAAAGCAUAUUAAGGUAGAAGAACAGAUCAAGCAACUACAAAAGGGGGUGUCGCAUAUAGGAGUGGGAACUCCAUGCAGAAUGGCAACCCUUCUGAAACAAGAUGCCUUUAAUCUGCAAGCACUGAAGGCUGUGGUAUUGGACUGGAACUGGAGAGAUAAGAAAAUGAGAAGGAUGGUGGACAUUCCUGAGGUACGGCUGGAUAUGCUGAAGUUAUUUGAACUGGGAAUCACACAGUCUUGCAAAACUGGUUCUACGAAAGUUGCCUUGUUUUAGUAAAUUAUCACUUAGCAUCAUACUUAUUGUAAUGAAGUAUUAAUCAACCGAUGAAUAAUUGCAAUUUAUUCUUGUUUUAAAUUCAUUUUGUUCCACUAUUAAAGAUGCUUUCUGUUCA